AUGGCUACUUUGCAUUUUGUUCCUCAACAUAAUGAAGACCAGGUUUAUUCCAUUUCGGGAAAGGCGCUCAAGCUAACCACCAAUGAGGAUAUCAAGCCAUAUUUGCAAGAGUUGGCUGCAUUGAAAACCUGUACCAAAUUGGACUUUUCAGGUAACACUAUCGGUACGGAAGCUUCUGAAGCAUUAGCCAAAUGUAUUACCGAAAAUACCCAGGUAAAAGAGUCUUUGAUCGAAGUUAAUUUUGCAGAUUUGUACACCUCAAGAUUAGUUGAUGAAGUCGUGGACUCGUUGAAAUUUCUGCUACCUGCUCUAUUGAAAUGCCCUAACUUGGAGAUUGUGAACCUUUCUGAUAAUGCCUUUGGUUUAAGAACCAUCGAGUUACUAGAAGAUUACAUUGUACAUGCUGUCAAUAUUAAACAUCUGAUCUUGAGUAACAACGGUAUGGGCCCAUUUGCCGGUGAAAGAAUUGGUAAAGCUCUAUUCCAUCUUGCUCAAAAUAAGAAAGCUGCUUCAAAACCAUUCUUGGAGACUUUUAUCUGCGGUAGAAAUAGGCUAGAGAACGGUUCCGCAGUGUACUUGGCUCUGGGCCUGAAAAGUCACUCAGAAGGCCUGAAAGUUGUAAAGCUAUAUCAAAAUGGUAUUAGACCUAAAGGUGUUGCUACAUUGAUCCAUUACGGUUUACAGUACUUGAAAAAUUUAGAAAUCUUGGACCUUCAAGAUAACACCUUCACAAAGCAUGCCUCUUUGAUCCUUGCUAAGGUUUUGCCUACUUGGAAGAAUAGUUUAUAUGAGUUGAAUUUGAACGACUGUCUUUUGAAGACUACUGGUUCAGAUGAAGUUUUCAAAGUAUUUACCGAAGUUGAAUUCUCCAAUCUACAUGUCUUGAAAUUUGAGUAUAAUGAAAUGGCUCAAGAAACUGUUGAAGCUUCUUUCUUACCUGCGAUAGAAAAGGGAAAUUUACCUAAAUUGAAGAAAUUAGAAAUAAAUGGUAACAGGUUAGAUGAAGAUUCCGAUGCUUUGGAUCUACUGCAGAGCAAAUUUGAUGACUUGGAGGUUGAUGAUUUAGAGGAAGUCGAUAGCGAAGAUGAAGAAGAAGAGGAAGAAGAGGAUGAGGAUGAAAAACUAGAAGAAAUUGAAACGGAAAAACUUGAAAAGGAACUGCUAGAAGUACAAGUUGAUGAUCUUGCUGAACGUUUAGCUGAAACUGAGAUUAAAUAG